CCUGAGAUCAGCACCGGCCGUCAUGUUCGAAAUGAGCGACGGCAACGUGCGUAUAACACGGCUAGUCUGUAAUUCCCCUUAAUCCAUCACCUCUAUCAUCUAUUAUUUACCAUGGCUUUGGGUAGCUCUUCUUUUCAGGAGAUCAGACCUGCGGUCGUUCCUGAUGCUGCGCCUCGCUUAAGCGGGAUCACAAGGCAAAACUUAAGCGACCAACCCGUGCGCGAAUAUGACGAACACAAAGCUCGCCGAGGACGCCGAAGCAAGCCAAGCACAUCUCUGGAGCCGUCUGUUGGUGGUGCGGCACUCUCCAGAACUAAUGAAUAUGCAUCCCUACCAUCACGGAGGCCUGAGAACUCUUUAGCCGACACAUUCAUGUACAUGUUCGAUAACCCGUUCGCCGACGCCGCGCCUUCGGGGGACACCCCCAGUUCUGCUACGCGAGAAGAUCCGAUUCACGAUGUCAUGAAAUACUCGCAUGUUGUCACUGCAGAACACAAACCCAGAGUCGCCCGUGUGUCAGGUAUCAACGGAGCAUGGCCAGAAAGAGCUGAGAUAGUAAAUCCAAGUCGAGGUUUUCCCGCGCCUACCAUUCCUCGUGGUACAUUUUCACAGGCAAAAGCUUUCUUUCUGAAGUUAAGCGCCAGCGGGGGUUAUUUACAGGGAGCUAUCUCACAGCGAACGCGAAGUCAAGAUAACCCUAUCAAAGACAAGGACUCAAUAGGUGACCAGGUUAAAGUUGACGUACCUCGUGCUCGAAGUGCGAACGGAAGGAUUAUGUGCGACCCAAGCAGUUGGUAACUUCUGUAUAUAUUGCAUGGUUUGAACUAGCUUCAGCAGAAGUCAGCAGACUACUGCCAUUCUCUCGUGCUUGUUACAGUAAUUGAGAAUUUCUACUUACUGGAACUGGUGAAUGGAUGACUGUGGGUAAAA